CUGUGUGCCUUGUGGUGCCGCGACCGCGUGCUACUUCAUCAUUUGGAGUCCACUUUCCUGUAUUUUAGAUUCGUUAUUUUGCUGUUCUAUAACAUGGCUAAUGAAGAGACUCGAAAAAUAUUAAAAGAUUUGAAGCUGGAAAAUCUCAUUAAAAAUUUUGAAAAAAACAAGAUUACUAAAGACACAUUAGAACAUUUAUCAGAAGCUAUAAUAUCUGAAUUAAUACCGAUUAUUGGUCAAAGAGUAAUAUUUUUAUCAUAUUCGAAAAAGCAUUUCAAUAUUACACGUCGAAAGUUUGCCAUCAAAAAAAAGAAUGCUCCACAGGACAUAGAUCAAAAAGUCCAAGACAGUAUGAAAUGGUUAGAUGAAAACGUUGCUCCAUGGGAACUAGUUCUCCAACAUUGGCUAGCUACUUUUGACAUCAGACGGAAAGAUAUUAACAAUUUUGAAGAAAAAACUUUGCAUAAUCUACUGAAUAGAUGGUCUGUUUUGAAACAUCCAAAGGGAUAUCAAUUAAUUGUUCAAAAUUUUGAUACAAUGAACUUAAGUAAAGUAAAAUUGGAUUUAAAUAUAUGGCAACAAUUUGUGGACGUUAUAAUAAAACAUUCAACAUGUAACAUUAAAAAUGACGAAGUAAAUUUAAUGUUACAAAAGUUAAAAAAUAAGGAUAUUUCAGACGGUAAUUCUCUUUUCCUUUGUAAUAUUUAUUUGUAGUAUAAUUAGAAAACGUAUGUAUAAUAAUAAUUAAAAUAUUG